UUGGCUGCUGAGAGAGUUGACCAAAAACCGCGGGAGUCCACGUGUAUUUCCAUACCCGACCCGAAUACCCAUUUUCUUCUCUCGGUUCAGUUUAUACCACUACUACUUCUUCUUCUUUGGUCUCAACGAUAGACCAAAAAUUUCUUCCUCCAAAGUGCCCUAAAACCCCCUUUGUUUAUUUACGUAUACAAAGUCUAUACCUAUUUAUUUUUUGUGGGUAUUUUCCAGUUAUACAAUUUCAAUAUUCUUGCAUAGGGAAAAAUUCUCAAUGGAUGAUCGUGACAACGAUUUGAAAAUUCUGCUCUCUGCUUUAAAGGAUGGUGGCAUGUAUGUUGGAGAGGAGGAGGAGGAGGAUGAAGAAGAAGAGGAAGAGGAGGAGUUUGAGGAUGAAGAUAUUAAAGACGAUAAUGUAAAGACGGAUUUGGCAUGCCCAUUUUGUUCAGAAGACUUCGAUAUGCUUGGCUUGUGCUGUCACAUUGAUAGUGAGCAUCGUAUAGAGGCCAAGACCGGGAUAUGUCCUCUAUGUUCUACCAAGGUGCGAACGAAUAUGGCUACACACGUCAUCGUGCAACAUGAAAGUGUAUUAAAAGCUCUUACCAAAAAGAAACUUCAAAAUGGUAGAUCUCUCUCAGCCUUAUCCUUACUGAGGAAAGAGUUGCUGAAUCUUUAUUUGGAAAAGAAGUCCAGCCAAGUUAGUUCUUCUUCAAAUACGGAAAACAACCAGUUACUGUUAUCAUUUGUUGGCAAUCAGCAUCCUACCAAACGAUCUCAUACAAGACAGCCCUGCACUUCAGCCGAAGAAAGUUUAUCCAGGAACAGCCUCGAUGACCAUACCAGUGAGAGAAGCUCCCAAGUAUUUCCUUUAAUGGACAAGGAUCAGGAAGAGAAGGUCCAGAGGUCUGAAUUUGUGAAAGGACUAUUAUUCUCCACCAUACUUGAAGACUGCUUAUGAGACUGAACCACACUGCUUUUCCUUUCUAUGGCUAACUGGCACAGAAGCUCGCUGAAGAUGUUCCUCGAUAUAUGCUGAUAAAGUUACUGGCAGCCAGAGGCUGUUAUAAGGAGUUAAAGCUCUCCUCACCUCACCUCCUAUUGACAUGCUCCCAUUUGGAUGGCGUGGUUGCUUAUGUGAAGAUAUGUCCAGUUGAUAUGCUUUAACACAAGAACUUGUUUCAAUUGACGCGACUUUGGCAUGCUAUUUCUUUUUCCCUUUUUUCCUGCUAACUGAUGUAGCUUAUACUACGGUUUCUUGACUGUCCCCGACUGAAAAAAGGUUCUUCAUUCUUGUAGUUAGAUCCAAAAUGAUUUGAUUAUGAAGCAGCAUGUUUACUGUCAUUGUCACAUUCUGCAAAAAGAAAAUAGAUGUUAUUCUUUCGAUUCA